GAAAUACCAUGGAUUUGCUAUUAUCUAUUUCCUUGUUCUCUUGCUUCUUUUCUGCCCCUUUUUGUUUUUUCUUCUUUGUUUCUUUGUGUUUUGUCUGCUACUGUUUGCGUUUUGUUUUGGUUCUCUGUUGUUGUUUUGCAGGUGAUGAGACGAUGGGAUGGAGUGGCCAAGGCUAAGGGGCAUGCGGCGGCUGAAAGUCUUGGUACCUAGGGUUGGUUGCUGAAAAAUUUUAGGAUAGUGGGCUAGUUGGGCUUUUAGGGUUUUAAUUUUUUUUUGGGGGCUGUAAUUGGGUUGGUAACUUUGUUUUUAAAUGGACUUUUAAUUUGGGCUAUUUUACUUGUGUUUAUUUGCCCAGUCCAAAAUUGGCUACUACAGAGAGUUUUAAUAAAACUUUAACCUAGAGCGAUUGAAUUCCAAACAUAAUUCAAGUGUUUGGUGGUAGUAACAUUUUGCUUAUUAAUACUUCUUCAACUUGAUUGCCAAAGAAAAAACAACUCUAAGUCAACAUAGAGCAGCUUGAAAAUGUAAAUCUUUAGUAGAAACACACACAAACUUUACUAAAAUAUUAUAAAACCCCAAAUCUGAUCCCCCCAAAUCUCCACAACAAAUCAUUCCAUCAUUUUCCUUCCCCAAGCUGUAGCCAUGGUGGAAAGGGACCAAGUAAGGCCUCUAGCGCCGGCUGCUGACGCUCCAACCAGUGAUGACGGAGAGGCUGCUUUGCAAUUCAAAAAAGUCAGACGCAAGAAACUCAUCCGAUGUUGCGCUUGCAUCGUUGCUUUGUUCAUCAUCUUAGCCGUGGUCAUUAUUGUCUUAAUUUUUACAGUGUUUCGAGUCAAGGAUCCGAUCAUCAAAUUGAAUGCUGUCUCACUUACAAAUCUGGACCUAAUCAAUGGUUCUAUCCCUACAACUGGGUCAAACAUAUCAUUAAUAGCCGACGUCUCCGUCAAAAACCCCAACAUAGCAUCUUUCAAGUAUAGGAACACCACCACUACUCUUUAUUACUACGGAACCAAAGUCGGGGAUGCUCGAGGCCCUGGGGGCACCGCAAAGGCCCGUCGGACCAUACAGAUGAAUAUCACUGUUGAUAUUAUGACGGAUCGGGUGUUGGCCAAUCCAAAUCUGACUGCUGAUCUCACUUCCGGGACGUUGACCAUGAUCAGUUACUCGAGAAUUGGAGGAAGGGUGAAUAUGUUGAACAUUAUAAAGAAGCAUGUUACGGUAAUGAUGAAUUGUACGGUGACAGUUAACAUCACCAGCCAGGCAAUUCAAGAACAGAAGUGCAAGCAAAAGGUUGAUCUCUAGCUUUGAAACUAUUUUUGCUUCUUGCCUUGCCCUCUAGCUUACAUACAUACAUAAAAUACUAUUAUACAUAGAAAACGGCAUUUUAGGUAAGUGAACUUAUGGUAUGAUUAUAAUUUCUUUAUCAUUGAAGCUUUUGUCGAAGUUAGCUUUAAUACAAUGAUUUUUUUUUUGGCUCGUUUGAUACAAAA